GAAAUUCCUGGUUUCUUAGUCGAAUUUAUCACACCAAUCGUGAAGGUUACCAGAAAGAAAGAGGAACUUUCUUUCUUCACUAUGCCAGAGUUUGAGAAAUGGAAAGAAGAGAAUGACGACGGACGUGGCUGGACUAGCAAGUACUACAAAGGAUUGGGUACAAGUGAUGCAAAAGACGCCAAGAAAUACUUCAGUCGGAUGUCCUCUCAUAGAAUCAAGUUCGCCCCUACUCAAGAGAAUGAUCGUCACUUGAUCGAUAUGGCAUUCAACAAGAAAAAGGCUGAUGAUCGGAAGGAGUGGCUCAGAGGCUUCGAGCCUGGUACUCAUCUCGAUCAAAAUGUUUCGCAAAUUACUUACACGGAGUUUAUCAACAAAGAGCUCAUCUUGUUUUCGAUGGCAGAUAACAUCCGUUCGAUUCCAUCAAUGGUAGAUGGAUUCAAGCCGGGACAGAGGAAAGUAUUGUUUGCAUGCUUCAAGCGAAAACUGAAGGCUGAAAUCAAGGUCGCGCAGUUGGGAGGUUACUGUUCCGAGCAUUCGGCAUACCACCAUGGAGAAGCAAGUUUAACCCAAACGAUCGUAGGUCUUGCUCAAAACUUUGUCGGAAGUAACAACAUCAACGUCCUUUCGCCGAAUGGACAAUUCGGUACACGUGCCUCAGGUGGUAAAGAUGCGGCCUCUGCAAGGUAUAUUUUUACUAACGUUGAGAAAAUCACUCGAGUCAUCUUCCCGCCGGCGGAUGAUAAUGUGCUCAACUACUUGACCGACGAUGGCACCCAAAUCGAGCCCGAAUGGUACAUCCCUAUCCUGCCCAUGGUCCUUGUCAACGGCUCCAGCGGGAUCGGAACCGGCUGGAGUUCGGAUAUCCCGAACUAUAAUCCGGUUGACAUCGUCAAUAACUUGCGUCGUCGCUUGGCCAACGAACCUAUGGAACCCAUGCAUCCUUGGUUCAGGGGGUUCACUGGUCAAAUCACCUCAGAAGCUCCCGGUAAAUAUAAGGUCUUGGGUGAAUGGGAUCAGCCUGAUGAGGAUACUAUCGAAAUUACGGAGCUGCCCGUUCGCGUUUGGAAUCAAUCUUACAAAGAACAAAUCGAAGCUUGGAUCAAUUCGACCGACAAAAUCCCUGCAUUGGUCAAGGAUUAUCGGGAAUACCAUACCGAGACGACGGUACACUUUAUCAUCUCCUUGACCGAAAGAGGCAAAGAUGCUAUCAAGAAAGAAGGCAUCGAGAAAGUGUUCAAGUUAUCUGCCAAUCUCUCGAUCACUAAUAUGGUCUGCUUUGAUCCAUCUGGGAAAAUCAAGAAAUAUUCGACCCCAGAGCAAAUCUUGGAUGACUUCUAUGAUGUUCGAUUGGCCUAUUACCAAAAGCGAAAAGAAUAUCUCGUGAACGAUCUGACGUUGAUGUACGAACGAUUAUCGAAUCAAGCGAGAUUUGUACUGAUGAUCAUCGAGAAGAAGCUCGUCGUUAGCAACCGAAAGAAAGCUGAAAUUGUAGCUGAACUAAGAAAGCUAGAGUUCGGGCCAUUCCCCGUCAAGGCCAAACCGAAGACGGCUGGUGAUCCUGAUCAAGCAGACGAAGAGGUGUUGAGGAAGAGAAGUCGCUGA